GUAACCCUGAUUUGGGGGUGCCAAUGUUUUUCAGCUCUCAGUAUCACCUGGUGCUCACGUCUGGGAAACUUUUAAUUGAAUUCCCUGCCGGCAGAAGAAGCCAACAUCGAUAGCAAGCCUAUUGGAAUUUAUGUCGAUUAUAUUGUCAACUUUGUCAGAGCUCCACGAAGUUUGCCUAUUUAAACUUGGGACCCGCGUAAAUAGAGUGCAAGAAGUGGAGUGGAGAGAGACUGGAAAGGAAGUUGGAUUGACAACGUGACUCGGCGGGAAAAACCAGUGGAAGUAGAAGUUUUUCCCUUUUCGCAGAGGUUAUGGGCUUGGCCGCAAAGUGACUUCUUUCCCGGCGGCAGCUGAGCUCCUCCAUUUGGGCGCUUUAAGCCAAAUCAAUUAGAACUUUUUGACAGCAGCUGGGCCUGCAAGUGAAUCUGAACCUGAACCUGAACCCGGACCUCAUUCACUGCAUAUUCCACACUCCAAUGACUAUUAUCUCAGCAGCAGAGCGUAAUUAAAUUUUCAACUGAUUUCUGCAGCAAUAAUUUCCAAUUUGCUCCAUUUGAAAGGCAAUUAAUGUCUGUGCUAUCGCUUAGAUAAGACCCAUGUGUGCUUGUACUUUUUCGGUAGUCAUUCUAAUGAUUCAUUGAGACAGGUUAGCAGGGAAAUUCUUGCAAUCGAUUGUCGAAUCGAACGAUGAGAGUAGGAAACUUUUAAAGACUUAAACCAGUCCAUCUAUCUAAUCAACAAAUGCUGCUAAGAACGAAGAGCAACGCGACGUCACUUUAGUCCAAAAUAAAAAUGCCCGAAAAACCCGAUGAAAAAUGACUGUAAAAAUAGCUGCGAUAAGGUUGGCGAUGGGAACAUGGAGAGUCAUGCAAUGAGCAUGGGUAUAAAAACGAAAGACAAUGGCGACGACAUCAAUCAGUCGAGUUUUUCAGCAGGAAGAGCAGUGGCAGUAAACACAUAAAUUUAUUAACGAACCCAGCUUAUGACCAAAUGAUGAGAAUCGCGCAAAAUAACUGCAUUUACUAGCGAAUUGUUAAAUAAGUAAAAAUCAGGAGAGCGUAGUUGGUGUGUCAUAAUAAUAAAUGCUCCGUUGGCUGUUCGUGAUGAAAUUAUUUAUGAAAAAUAAAUGCGGAAUUUCGCCCUGGAUGCUGGCUGCCCUGCUCCUGCUCCUGAUGAUGAGGCGGAACAUCGCCUCCACCGAAAACAGAACCACGAAUGCAACAUGCAGACAUGCCACGGACAUGUGGGGAGAUCCGGACCCCAACAUAUUCUACGUGUGCUCCGAUGGACAACCGCUGCAGCUGGAGUGUCCGCCGGGUCGGGGAUUUUUCAGCGGUCUCGGCUAUCUGGGAUGUGUGCCCUAUGGCCAGUGGCCGGCCUGCCGGCCCUCGGAGGAGCAGGUGGCCACCGAGUUGUCAGCUGGCUGUGACAGGAACACGGGCUCCGUGCCAUCGCCCUGGGCCUCUCCGGACCCCAAUCAAUUCUACCUGUGCCCCGGGUCAAAGGCCACACCUCUGCUGCUCACCUGCGCCGGGGGCAAGGGAUUCGUGGCCAGUUCAGAGGUGGUCGGCUGUGCGGAUUGGCCAACAUGGCGCCGCCAGCUGCAGUGCGAGGCCUUCUACUGAUCCGAUCCGGCGGAACACCACAUGUACAUGCUAUUUCAAUAAUUGUCGACUAUCCUCCGACCAUCUGACUCGAAUCUUAUUUAACUUAUGGGGUAACAUACUGCGCCACUUGACUCACUAGUUUAUCUGUAAAUAAAGUAAAAAGUAUCUAUUUAUUACCAAUGCGGGUGUUUUUGACUGAUGGACUUGUCUACGGCACUGAUAAGGGCGGUAGCAGACUGAUAACACAAUCAAUUCGGAAAAAAGAAAGUCAAAAUGGUUAAAUACAUUCUAUUUGCGAAAUUAAGUUGGCUGCUAAUA